UGGUGGAGAAAUAUGUGUUCUGAUGUUGGAAACCAGUUUAAAAUGAUCUUUCUUCAGUAAUGUCCAUUAGGUUCAAGGUAUAGUUCAUGUUUUUUAAGGGUUGCUAGUGUGUUCUGAGGGUCCCUGGUGCAUGCACUAGAAGCCCCUCAUGGGUGCUAUUUUGCAAUCCAGCAUGCUUGCGAUUGGUCAGUCCUUGAUCAGAUGGUUCCACUUCCUUCUGUCCCUCACUGGCACCCGGCCAUCCCCCUUCAGCUAAAACCCAAUCUCCGAUAAACUACUAAUAGCUAAACCACUUGGUCUAUAAAACACAACAAAUCAUAAACCCAGGAAGGGACGGCCGCCUCCUCCCAAUGAGUUCCUAUUUUGUCAACACCACUUUCCCGGUGACUCUGCCUGGCGGACAAGAGUCAUUCCUGGGGCAGAUACCGUUAUAUUCUUCAGGAUAUGCGGAUCCUUUAAGACACUACCCUGCUACCUAUGGGGCCACCGGUAUCCAAGAAAAAGGAUAUCCAACAUCCUCUUUUUAUCAGCAAGCAAAUAGUGCAUAUAACCGGACAACGUGUGACUAUGGGACAGCUGGCUUUUACAGGGAAAAAGACGGUUCUUGUGCGAUUACUACACUGGAAGACCCAACUCAGUUUAACCAGGAUCAACGGAAACCAGAGUGUGCACAACUCAAACAUGUAUAUGGAGAACCAGAGGAACAAAAGUGUUCAACGCCUGUGUACCCUUGGAUGCAGCGGAUGAACUCUUGCAACAGUUCUGCGUUUGGGCCCAAUGGCCGAAGAGGUCGUCAAACCUACACCCGAUAUCAAACACUAGAACUGGAAAAAGAGUUUCACUUUAACCGCUACUUGACAAGGCGACGUAGGAUUGAGAUCGCUCAUGCACUUUGUCUCACAGAACGACAGAUCAAAAUCUGGUUCCAAAACAGGAGGAUGAAAUGGAAAAAAGAGAACAAACUGCUCAACUCCUCACAGCUAAGCGGAGAGGAAGAGGAGAAACCUGCAGAAUGAAUAUUCCUAGUGACAUCCCAUCAUAUGCACAACGUGUGCACUUUCCCUCAAAAUAAUAAGACUUUAUUCAAGCUGGUGGUUCCUUAAAAUUCAUUUGCACCUGUGGACUUGUGUUUAGCACUCUGUUACACUGCAUUACCUGUGUAUCUACCUAAUGUGUCAAACCGCAAUCACCCCGUUUCAGUCGGGGUGUCAUUGCUGAAAGUAGAGUUUGCCUAACUGUGUUAUUGGAGGUGCUGCAAUAUGUGUCAUUUAAGUGUUGUGUUUUAAUUUUGUAAAGUAUUAUGCACGGUGAUUUAUACUAUGUAUAAUAUUAAAUUAAUUCUGGGUUUUGACAACCAGUACCUGCUGAAAUGAAAUGUAUACUACCUAGAUCGAAGCAGAAAGUUAUAUUUUAUUAUUUUUUUGUAUGUUGUCUGUAGCAUGUAGUUUGUCAAAUGAGUACAAUUACACACUCAAAAUAAAAAAAACUUUUAAAUGUU